AUGAUGGAGGAUGAUAUAAACAGUUUUCUCUUUGGUCAGGACGACUGGCGGGAGGAGGACUUCGUGAACAAUCUGCUAAAGAUGGAUGACACGAUGCUUUUCGGCGAGCCUCCCGCAAAUACAAAUGGUGUAAUGGGCGAGCUGGACGACAUCAUGCGACAGCUCAGCUACAGCUGUUCGAACGAGAUGUAUUUCGGCGAACAGCAGGUCACCUCACCGUUGUCGUCUCACUGCUCGUCGGAUCAAGAUUUCCACGGCUUCCCGAGUGUCACCGACGGUAGCAGCAGUACCUCUCUCGACGGUUACUUCGAUGACGUGUGCAACGUGCGCCUGGAUGAUUCGCUAUGCAAGGCAACCAAACUCGAGCCAAUAAACGAGGAUUUUUGCAUGCUGAAUGUCCUAAAAUCAAGCAGCCCUGAGGAGGAACAGGAGGCUAUAUCCUCGGCCGCCUCGGACAGUGGAUUAUCAAGCGACCAUCUCGAUCUGGACCCAAACACCGAAUAUGAUGCCCUCAGUCCCAGCAUGUCGUCACCUGGUCCGUCGGUCAGUGAACGUGGUGGUCAAAAUUCGCCGCCACGUUACACGAAAUCAAUCCAGCUGCAACCGCCGGCUGUGCUGCAGACCAUUCCACAGUCGGUUUCGUCUACGGUGUCGAUUGUCCCGCAGCCUGCAAUACCGGUGCAACCGGUGACGGUAGAACCGCGUCUAAACAAAAUUUUAGAACCUUGUGCCGAUCCCAAACGCGUUACCAAGACGCUCGACGUGAGUGCAUCGACUGCGAAUUUCACUCCGUUAGCGACGAAAACAUCAGCAAAAUUAUCAUCGGCUCCUGUCUAUCAAAACGCGACAAUAAAAUCAGUUGUUGGUGGGGUUGGAACGAAGCGUAUUUCAUCACCACAACAGAUCGUGGCCAAUGGCAAGGAACUGAAGAUUAUCCGCAUGGCGACGACGAAGAACGGUCAAACGGUGGCUGUUGCAAAUGGGCUUGCGUCGGUCGGUUCUUCAAACAAGAAAGUUACUUUGCAGCUGAAAAACUCUGCCGCGGGCAUUAAGACAUCUGGUACGAUGAUCCCAAAGAAUGUCGUAUUUACGACGGCUCCAGCAGCCACCGGAAACAAUGGCGGAGUUUCCGGCAUGCGCAAUGUGAUCCGUGUGCAGCAACCAAGGCAGCCGAACGGGAGACCGAUACUGGUGCCGGUAACGUUCCAGGACCUGCGCACGAUCAAGAUCGUCAACUCGACGAGUCUCAAAAACAAGUCGGCCAACAUCAAGCAGGCGGCGGCAAAUAUGCUGCAGCAGUCGAAACAGGGCCUGAUACAGAAGCACGUCGUGCUAAGCAAAGAUCAGUUGCUGGUAGAUGACAACAUGUCGGAUGUUGCGCCGAGUUGUUCGGAUUCGGAAAGCUACGUAUUUGAGGACAUAAUACAGCAGAGUAAUUCGGUAAUUGCGGAGGUCGAGCGUCAGCAGAAACAGAUCAUCAGUGACUCGGAUGUCGAGCCGGACGGCGAUGAUGGGGAUGAUGACGACGACAUGGGAAUGGAUGAGAUUCCCAGGGGUACCAACCGCAACGGAACAUACCAGAAGUUGAUGCUGACGGUUGAGGAGAAACGUCUGCUAGCAAAGGAAGGCAUUUCGCUUCCAACCAGCUAUCCUCUCACCAAGCACGAAGAGCGCGAGCUGAAACGUAUUCGCAGGAAAAUCCGCAACAAAAUCUCCGCGCAAGAUUCUCGCAAGCGCAAGAAGGAGUACGUCGAUGGACUGGAGGAACGAGUCAAACAAUGCACCGAGGAAAACCAGAAUUUGGUCAAACGAAUGAAGAUACUGCAAAGUCAAAACCAAGAGCUCGCUAACCAGGUGAAACGCUUUCAGUCGCUAUUGACCAAGGGCACCAGUAAGACAACGCAACCAGCCACGUGCCUCAUGGUGCUCCUCAUCAGUAUGGCAUUGGUGGCAGUUCCCAAUCUGAAGCUGGGCAACACCGCAACUCAGCAAAACAUUCAAGAUUCGAUUGAAGUGUCGGAGCUGAUGCAGGAUCAAGCGAACGACAAGUUGCAGGUGCAGCAAAGUCGACGCUCAUUAUUAUUCGACACAAAGGAGCAAAUGCAUGCCAACGAGGAGGAGCUGACAUUCGACGAGAUUAUGUCCUCGUUCAAUGCCAACUCGCUGAUUGCCAACGAGCAUGAUUACUUCAGCGAGGGUGAUGGCCGUACUGGUAACGGUGCCACAUACGAGCCUCGUUCCGCGAAACGUGCGAAGCUAAUGGCUACUGCGCUGGUCGAUUACGACGUGGACGAUAAAGUAUGGAACGGAGGCAGCAAGAUUCGCAUCAAACAAGAAGACGGAUCUAUGUCACCAGAUAGCAGUAGCAGUAGCGCCAUGAACAGCAACGAGCUGUUUGAACAGAAAGUGCGUGAGUUUCAGGAAAAACUACAAAAGUCCGUAGGCCUCGAGCAGAACGACGUAAACUAUGGAACCCCGUUUGUUGGAAGCGGUGUUAAUAGUGAGGUGAUUAUUGACCGCGAACUGCUCGACUUGGGAGGCAAAGGUGAUAAUGGUUUGUACGAGUUAAACACGUUCUCCAGCCUCCAUGAGCAGAAAGGAGACGGAAUGGGCGGGAUCGAUCUGCUUGGCGUUGGUUCGGAUUCAGCCAUGGUGCGUGCCGAUUCCACCGCAGACAACGCAGCCGAUGUUCGGAAGCUGAAUGCCUCGCAGCAGAUUCAGCAGCAGAAUAACAAACGCAAAUUACUACUUUAAACGGCAUAGAACCUGAACAGGUGUUGCAUGGGAUAGAAGCUGGCUGUUUAUCAUCACGUCCGUUGCUGUCGUAAUGAAUUUUUGUAAAUAGAGCAGAGUACACCAUAUGGUGUCUCACCCUUAGGAUUUAAGUUGAAAACGCUAAGCACCGUUUCCUUUUAUACCGGAACGUAAGCUUAUCAACGAUGGGCGAUGGACGUUCGUUUAUCGUACAAUAUGGUACGAUGCAAGGAAGCAUUUUGUUUGCCUACAUUGCCGGCAAAAGAAGAAAAGGAAAACAGACUCAGCAAGUGCUAUUGUUGUUAUUUUCUUGUUUUUUUAGAUAACAUUUCGUGGCUUAGCUGAGGCAUAGACGUGAUGGCAGAGCGAUCAUUUUGCUAUUGUUGGCACCAUUCAAGUAUUUUACGCAUACUAAAUUGAGCAAAAAACAGUUGAUGUUUCCAUCAUCGUUAGAUUGCUGUUUCCAAUUGCACCAAUGCAAUAUUGGCUUACCGCUCAUUUGGUAGUGGACAAUUUCUGGCAACGAAGAUGCUUUGUUUAUUACUUUGUUAAUGUUAUUUUAUCGCUGUUUGGAUUUUGGUUGCUUAUAUUUGCAAUUAGUAGCGCUAGCCUAAUGUCUUAGUUUGUGAUGUAAGAUUUCGCUUAAAGAUCAGAAGGUUCAUGACGAUUGAAUGUGCAAUUUAUAUAUUCGUAGCGUUUUUGUGUAACAGUAAAGAAACGAGAUAAGAUUUUGCAAUGUUUUGUUGGUUUUCAGCCAUUGUCCAACCCAUCCAAUAUGCAAUUUAGUCCUUUUCUCUAUCUAACGAUCGUUGUACAUGUGGAAAGGAAUCUUGUAAUAUGAUAUCUUUGCUCAACUCCCAGCUUAUUCAUAUAAAACCAUUUUAAAAUGUUGCCGGGUAUUUGAUCUUUAUUAAACUAGUAUAAUGAUUUUUUCUUCAAUCUGUUGGGUAUUUUGCAAAGCAUUGUUGGAUAUAAUAGCAUUAGCAGUAACAAUAGCAUUAAAUUAUAAACCUAUACGUAAGCAAGUAUCACGAAAACAUAGUGAUGAUAAAUUUUGACAUAAAUAGCAACUCCUAUUCUGCCGUUCAUAGUUCAUCAUUAUUAUUGAAAUUAUAAUUGGUAAUUAUUAUUGUUGUCACUGUGAAAAGGCACUACCACUUGAAUGAACGGGUUGAUUGAAUUGUUUGAAACACCAAUCGGUUUUGCUGUGGCAAAACAGAUCUCGAUUCACGUCUUUUAAAUUAAUUCAAUUUCGCAUCAACUAGAUAGAUUUACAACAAAUCAAGUAAAACAGGAACCGGACACAGAAUACCGGACCGCGGCGAUACAAUUGCAACGAGUAGAAAGGAUUCCUUUUUCAGCACGUGACAUUUCCGUAGUAAAAGCAUAAUGCGUAUACUAUAAAAUAUCAUUCACGGUGGAAACAAAUUUAGACUAGUUGAAUAAUAAUUUGUUGUACAUAACCUA